UAGACGAGACGCUCCUCACCCUUGCUGUCACUCGACCUCUACCUACAGCAAAGCAGGUUGUGAUCCCCGAAAUCUAUCUCGAAGAGCAAACAAAAGCCAAACAUGAUGAGACCAUGAUGGAAAAGGGAUCUCGUCGACUAUGACCCUUGCGAAUCUCACGCUCCCACCAGGUGUUCGACGGAGAGUCGCAGAAACAACCAAGAACAAUUCUCUUUAUGUAGGGAGGGGGAUUUCCUCUUGAGGUCCUCUCCUGUUAUUGAUGGAGGCCGGUUGCUUCGAAGGACGUACGCCUCGACACAGAAACCAGGGUCUACUCUCGGGUCUACUACGCGCUUCGACACCGAAACCAUGGCUUCCUCGUCUUCUGCGCCUCGGGGCUAAAAGCUUCGACAGAAGCUGUCGAUGACUGCUGGUGUCAGCUGAUGUGCUGCAAGCUUUGCGAACCCCUCUCGCUCCUUGCUCGAUGUAUUGUCGCCAUUGUGAAGCUAAACCAUCACUCUUGCUUCUCUGCCUGCAGCCCUUUCCCAUCCAUGUCUUCCCAUGUAUUCCCAACUUGUCUUUUCCUCUCAGUAGACCUUGGUUGACCCACCUUGAUUCUUGAUCCCUCUCUCUCUCCUCUGAGUUGGCCGCCUUAUUUAUCUUGAGAACAAGCGUAGUGCAGUCGGCUCCAUUUCUUCAUUCUUCGUCUCAAGACCUCUUCCAAGCGUAUCUCCUUGUAUCUAUCGCUGUUCUCGUCUUCGGCUCUCUUGUGACAGUCACCUGUAAUGGAUGCAACCGUUGAGCAUCUUGAGCAACCUCCACCACCUCCACACUCCUCCUCUACCUUUAUAACCAGCUUCCCGAUCUUGGCCACCACCAUCUUUGGCAUGCUCACCACGGCCAUCCUCCUCGUUAGCUACUACGUCUUCGUCAUCAAGUGCAGCCCCAGCUGGCGCCGCUCCGACAUCCUCCGCCGCGUUUUCUCUUCCACCCAUUUCCGCCGCCAUCGCCACCUCUACGUACCUCCCGUCGACCACGCCUUUACUGCUGGAUUCCGUGGCCUCGAUCCUUCUGUCAUCCGCUCGAUUCCUGUCGUCAAAUUCACGAAAGCCAGAGACGACGACGCUGACACCGACCAGAGAAUGUCCUUUCGAGAUUGCGCGGUCUGUUUGAAUGAGUUCCGAGAGGAGGAAAGGCUCAAGCUGAUUCCCAACUGCUCUCAUGCCUUCCACAUCGACUGCAUUGAUACCUGGCUCCAGUUCAACGCGAAAUGCCCGCUCUGCCGGUCGGAUAUCGCGAGUUCUCCCAUCGGCUUGGCCAUGGAUCGCAUCAUAGUUCUCGCCCCUCGGACUGAGCAGAGUGGAGGCACGGUGAUCGAGGUCGGCGAUGAAGUUGGUGGCGGCCAGAGCUCGAGCGAGGAGGGUACUGAUCCGUCGCCGAGGAAGAAUUGGUGGAAGUAUCACAAAGUGGGGAGCAUGGGGGACGAAUGCAUUGAUGUCAGGUCGAAGGAUGAGCAGUUCUGCGUGCAGCCUAUACGGAGGUCACUCUCCAUGGACUCGUCUACUGAUAGGCAGCUUUACCUUUCAGUCCAGGAGAUCCUGAGACGAAAGCAACACUGCUGUUUUGAAGGAGGCAAUGACGAAGGAAGCAGUAGCGACGUUUGGGGUGGAGACGGUGGCGAGACCGGACGAUUUCGGCGGUCUUUCUUCUCGUUUGGCCGGAGCUCGAGAAGCUCCGUCCUUCCACUGCAGCGUCAUGCGUGAUGCAUGAGAUCUUGGCUGCUGCACUGCUGACAACGUCUCUCUCUGAUCUCCUGCUUUGUAAUGUGUUAUUGAAGCCUGAAAGAGAGGGUCUGCAGUAGACUCUCAUGCAAACGUAGGUGUUAGAGAAGCUCAAGAGAAAUGUAGUGCUGCUUGCAGUGGGCAUGAUUAAGGCUAUUAAAAGUUCCUUAAACUUCUUUUAUCUUGCGAA